AUGUUCUACCCGCAACAGUCGGCCUCGUCCUCGGCCGCCAAGCACCACGACGGAGGCUCAGGUCAGAUCUCUGAGCUCGGCCUAGGCGGACGCGCAGGUGGUGGUGGCGGCGGCGGCGGAGGCGGCGGCGGCGGUAAUGGCUCGGGUGGGUGGGGACGGCAUCCAGCCGCCUUCAACCCCUCGCUGUCCAUGCCGUCCGGCGGCGGUUUCGGCGGCGGUGCCAACGGCCUGUUUGGCGGCCCUCCCCCAGGACAGGGCCACCAUGGUGGGCCAGGUGGGCCCCAUGGCGUACACCCCCAGCACGGCGGCUUGCACGGCCACGCACAGCACCCGCACCACCCGUCGUUUGGCAACGGCGGAGGAGGCGGCAGCAUGCACCUCGGCGGCCAGCAGCAUUCCGGCGGGUUUGGCGGCGGCCACGGCGGCCCAGGCCAGUACGGCGGCGGGAUGGGCGGCGGAAUGGGCUUUGGCGGCGCCCAGCAGGCGAGCCCCCCUCGCCCACAGGCAGAGGCAACGCCGCUCACCCCGCACUGGCAGCAGCAGCUUUUGCGGGCGGAGACGUCGCGUGUCGCUAGCUCCCCUCACCACCGCGCGCGCUCGGCGGCCAUGGCCUCGCGCAUGACCAACAAGCCCGCAGCAGUCGCCAUCUUGGACCCGAACCGUCCCGCGUCGUCGCAAGGCGUCGGCACUCCUGGGGGAAGCAGCACUCCCAACGGCACCCACAGGAGGAACGCGCCCAGCACGGCCUCCAACGCCGUCACGGCCCCAUCACCGUCCAACGACAGCGCAGCUGGCGGUGGCAGUGGCACCGACCCCAACGCCGACCCCAUGAACCCCGCGCAGCCUCCCGCACCUGCGUCCAGGCAGGACGAACCGUACGAGCCGUGGACGGGUCUCGACCUGGGCGGUAUCCGGCUCAAGACGCUCUCCCCUUCCCUCUUUACCUUUACCCACAUCACCUCUCUGUACAUCAACCACAACAACCUCAAGGUCCUCCCCGCCGCAAUCUGCAACCUCAAGCAGCUCACCCUCCUGGACGCCACGUCCAACGAGCUGGCGUCGCUGCCGCCCGAGAUUGGUGUCCUGUGCAAGCUCAAGGAGCUGCUGCUGUUUGACAACAACCUCACCUCACUCCCGACUGAGAUUGGUGGUCUUUACCAGCUCGAGACACUCGGUGUGGACGGCAACCCCAUGGACGAGAGCGUGCGCAAGACCAUUGCCGAGCAAGGCACCCAGGCGCUCAUUGCCCACUACCGCGACGUUCACCAGAGCGAGGCCCCGCCCGAGCGUACUUGGAUUGAGAUUGAACCCGACAUUUCGUCUCCUUCGCAGGCCAACACCGAGUCGUUUACGACCUUGUCGUACAACAUUCUGUGCCCGUCGUUUGCCCCGUCUUCAUCGUACGCGUACACGCCUGGAUGGGCUCUCGACUGGAGUUACCGUCGCGAGACGCUGCUCGAGGAACUCAUCAACGCUUCGGCCGACGUUGUCUGUCUGCAGGAGAUUGACGGCGAGCAGUACUCGGAGUGGUUCUACCCCAAGCUCAAGGAACGCGGCUACGACGGCUGCCACUACCCGCGCACGCGUGCGCGCACAAUGUCGCCCGAGGAUGCCAAGCUCAUUGACGGCUGUGCGACGUUCUGGAAGCGGGAAAAGUUCCACCUCAUCGAGACCCAGGUCAUCGAGUUUAACCAGAUUGCGCUCAAGAAGGAGGACAUGCGUACCGACGACAUGUUCAACCGCGUCAUGGCGCGUGACAACAUUGCCACCGUCGCGCUCCUCGAGUUUGCCCAGUCUGGCGCCCGUCUGGCUGUCACCAACGCGCACCUCUACUGGGACCACCGCUUCCGCGACGUCAAGCUCGUCCAGAUUGGCAUGAUGAUGGAGCGUCUCGAGGAGAUUGUCAAGAGCUUUUCGUUGCUCCCGGCCAAGCCGGCCACCGAAGGCGAGCCCGCCCCGCCCCACUACGACAAGCUCCAGCAGGGUCGCGACAUUCCUCUGGUGGUCUGUGUCGACCUCAACUCGCUCCAGCAGUCUGGUGUGUACGAGUACAUUUCCGACGGCCAGAUCCCGCCCGACCACCCCGAUUUCAUGACCCACACGUACGGUCCUUACACGACGCGUGGUCUCGUGCACAACCUCGGCCUUCGGUCGUCGUGCGCAAGCUUUGGCGAGAUGAAGAUGACAAACUACACGCCCACGUUCGACGAGGCCAUCGACUAUGUGUUUUACACCCCGCGCUCGCUCAAGGUCACCAGUGUGCUCGGCGACGUCGACCGCAAGUAUCUGUCGCGCGUCGUCGGCUUCCCCAACGCGUAUUUCCCCUCGGACCACAUCCCCGUGUUCUCCCAGUUCCGCGUCAAGGGUGCAGUCGACGCUGCGCCGUCGGCCCCAUCGUACGGCUCGUAUCACCACUAG